AUGACUGGGAACAAACCCGACACCGCUGCGCUGCCGUUCAGCAAAUAUCCAACAUGGGCUGUCGCAAGCCUGCGACCGAUCGCCAUCGAGAAAAUUCAGGCCGUCCACGACUGGGUUGAGACGAAAUGUAUCCCAGCACAGGGGAUCAUGAAGGCACAGCUGGCGAAGGACCGGUGGAAGAUGCCACCGCUGAUGAAGGAGCUGCGGGCUGAGGCGAAGGCGCGCGGGCUCUUCAAUUUAUUUCUACCAAACCACUUUGCAGAGUCUCCUGGCCUCACGAAUCUGGAGUACGCAUGUUGCGCAGAGCUCAUGGGGAAGGUAUAUUGGGCUGCGCAGACCAUGAACUGCCACGCGCCAGAGACCGGAAACAUCGAGCUGCUCGCCAAAUACUGCAAUGAGCAGCAGAAGGAGCAGUGGCUGAAGCCUCUUUUGAGAGGAGACUUUGCCUCUGCCUACUCCAUGACCGAGCCAGACGUGGCCUCGUCUGACGCGACGAAUAUCUCGAUCAGAAUCCGGCGUGAGGGAGACGAGUACGUGAUCAACGGCCGCAAGCUGUUUGCAAAUGCCAAAUGGAACCCCGAGGUCAAGCUGUAUAUCCUGAUGGGAUGCACAGAUCCGACGAAUCCAGACCCCUGGAGGCGCCAUUCCAUGCUCCUGGUGCCGAGUGAUACUCCCGGUCUGCGCAUGCGCCAGAAUCUGUCUAUCAUGGGCUACGACUGCGCCCCGGAAGGCCAUGGGGAGUACAUCUACGAGAAUGUCCGCAUACCAGUCGCGAAUGUUAUCCUCGGCGAAGGGAGAGCAUUUGAGAUUGCGCAGGGCCGGCUGGGACCAGGGCGCAUCCACCACUGUAUGCGAUUGAUCGGGCAGUGCGAGCUGGCAUACGAGUACGCUCUCGUGCGCGCGACAGAUAAACGGAAACAGCCUCGAGGGAAGCUCAUAGGGCAGUUUGACAGCAAUAUAGAGCGCAUUGCGCAGAUGCGACUGGAGUUGGAUGCAUUGCGCCUGGUGGUCUUCAAUGCAGCGCAUACAAUGGAUGCCUCUGGCAACAAGAGCGGUCGAUAUGUCAUUGCACAGAGCAAGAUCCUUGUCCCGAUUGCAGUCGCCAGAAUCAUCGACGAAUGCAUGCAGCUCUACGGGGGACAGGGCCUCACGCAGCACACUCCGUUGCCAGAGAUGUGGACGUACGCCAGAUUUGUGCGUCUCGCGGAUGGACCAGAUGCUGCCCACCGUCACCAGGUUGGGAGAGACCAGCUGAAGACGGCCGAUAGCGUCCUGGCAAGGCAUGCGCAGUACUUUGAGAUUGCGCAGGAGCUGAAGAAGCAGUUUGGACUGGAGGACGAGCUGGCAGACGACUGCACCUGGGAGUAUAUCAACAUCCCGGGUGCCCAACCCAAGCUCUAG